AUGGAGUCAACAUCCUACCAAGCCGACGCUCUUCCAGCCUCGCCGUUGCUUCGCCUUCCUUUCGAGAUCCGUCUCAUGAUAUACGAGUACCUGCUUCUACCCUCAACGACCCCAACGACCGGAAACGGAACGUCAGUCGCGAACUUGAUCCCCGACUUCCAUACCUACCUCUCAGAUGACACGAACAAUGAUGCUUGCCCGAAGACGUGGAGACGAAGGAGUACAUACCACAUCAGAACCGGUCCCUUCUUAACUACCACAACACCAACAACCUACCGCGUCCUCCUCUCGCCCUACACAUCGCACCUCCGCUACACCGUCCCCUCUCUCCUAUCCCUAAACCAGCAAAUCCACGCCGAAGCCAGCAAAAUCCUCUACUCAACCUACACCUUCGCCUUCCACACCAGCAUCGAAGCGGCCGUCCCCUUCCUCUCCGAUCUGACACCCAGAAGCCGAGCGUCCAUACGUCAUAUCAGUGUAACAAAGAAGGCAUUGCCAUACAGCAAGGAAUUCGACCGCGCAGAAUGGGCAAGUCUAUGCGAAUACCUCGCUACACCCUCUGCUCCCUCCGACGAUGAUAGUUCCGAAGCAGUUCCUCCAAUCUCCCUCCGCACCCUAAACCUCAACGUCAUAUCCGGCAAACCAGACCACGGCUGGGACGCCAUCACCCCCAUCACACCCUCUGAUUUCGACACCAUGCUCCGCAUGAAGAACGAGUGGCUAGGCGGCAACGGCGAUUUCGGCGGCGUGGAUCUAGAGUGGGUGGAGCAGGUCAUGGCGAUUAAGGGGUUGCAGGAAGUUAAUGUGAAAGCGAUGGUGGAGAGGUGUGCGAGCCCCGUGAGUGAAAAACAGGCGUUUUGGAUUGCAUUUAGCAAGAGCGUUGAUGAGGGCGGGUUUGGUGCGUGGGUUAGGGGGAGGAUGAUACGAUGA